UAGAGUCAUCCCGAAGGGGUGGGUCCUCCGGCAGCAGAAAAGGAAAGCCCACCUUUUUUUUUCAUUGUUAAGGACGCGGAGGAAUGUGAUGGUUUGAUCUCAGACGGACCAGGGAGGGAGAUACCGAGAGGACCAAGGAAAGAGGGGGGAGAAGUGAAUUCAACACCCCCCUCGGCACUGACUCUCUCCGGUCUUGUCUGGAUGAACUUGUCCCGGCUGCUGCAGAGACUGAAUUCAGCCUUUCGUGUGAAACUUGUGGAUUAACCGCUGCUGUUUUCUGUCCUGCCGUUUGACGAGCCGCUAAGGUUUAUCCUGCAGUUGAAGAGCUCAGAGGACAGACUGGUCCGGAUGCUGGUGGAUCCCAGUUUUAGUGCAGUACUUUAUCAGCCAUCCAUGUGGAGACACUGAUUUGUCUGCUAAACACCACUCUGAGGAAACUUUGACGACUUGAAGAGACAGCUGGAACAACUGGAAGAGCCAGACUGCAAAGAGGCAACAGCAUUUCCCUGAGAGCCUUUAGGACUUUCUGUCACUGCCACACAGAUGUGGAACCCCCAUCAGUCUGUCAUUAAAUAAUCCGACAGCAGAACCAACCCAACCGAUACAUUACACAGACGUUUGUAGCCAUGUCUGAUCAUAAAGACAUGACGCAUCGCCACCUACGGCACAAGCUUCAGAGUCUCGGCAGACGACUGGAUGAACUGGAAGAAGCGACAAACAAGCUGCAGAAGUCCGAGGAUGAGCUGUUGGAUCUGCAGGACAAGAUCAUCCAAGCAGAGGGCAGCAACUCAUCACUCCUUGGCGAUGUAGAAACCCUGAGGAAACAUCUCUUGAAGAUCCAGGGCAAAGAUGAGGAAGUACGCAAAGCUGAGGACCUUUGUCGCACAGUUCGAGAGAAACUGGAAGAGGAGGAAAACCUCACAAAGGAGCUAAAGGCAGAGAUUGAGCGUCUGCAGCGGAGGAUGGCUGAACUAGAGAAACUGGAAGAGGCUUUUAAUAAAAGCAAGUCUGACUGUAGCCAGCUCUGCCUUAGCCUCAACGAGGAGAAAAACCUGACCAGGAAGCUCUCAUCUGAGCUGGAAAUGCUCAAGGCUCGUUUGAAGGAAGUGGAAGGUUCUGAAACAAGGCUAGAAAGAGCAGAGCAGGCUUUGGCUAUGGAGCUUGAGAAACUGAAGGGAUACACUCAGGCCUUUGUCAGUGAGCGCAAGAGGCUGUUGGAGAAACAGAAGGAGGAUGAGAAAACCAUUCUAAAUUUGACAGAAGAAAAAAAGAAACACCUUGGCAUAUCGACAGAGCCAGGGCGUGCAGAUUUCAUGAGUUCAAGAAUCGAGGAUGAGCUGUCGUCCACUUACUCCCUCACGAGUAAGCUGGCUGGAUACAAGAAGAAGAUGGACUCCUUAAAACUAGAUGAGAACAUCAGCAUCGUCAACAAAUCGGACAAGAAGAAGAUGAGCGGUCUUGGCGGCUCACAAGAGGACAACAAAGUAAAGGAGCUGACGCAGGAAUUGGAGAAGCUGAAAAAUCGCCUCAAACAGUUGGAGAUAGUGGAGGAGGACUUGAAGAACUCAGAGUUUAAAAAUGGAGAACUUCACGAAAAGUUCCAGAUGGAACGAAAUCGAGCUCGUCAACUAAGUGAACAGGUGGAGCAGCUAAGGACGCAGCUGUUCGGAAAAGGAGGGAUUGGAGGCAACGGGGUCAGUCACCUGGAAAAGCACGGCAGUGAAGGCAGCAGUAUUCAUCCGAACAGUCCCGCUAAGGUCCUUGAAAAUGGCAAAGCUGAGAAUCAGGAGAUCGUGAAGGGAGCUUUCAGACAAGAGAAACCUAAAUUUAGAAGCGCUGCAGCUGCUUCAGAACCUAGCUCCCCUAAGCACAGGAACAGGGAGCUCUCCCCUCAGCACAAGAGAGAAACCAAACUGAGGAGCAGAGAGCUCAGCCACACCGAGGAGACUUCUCCAAAGUCUACAAGGAGAGCCCUCAGUCCUGCUAUCAAGACCAGAAGGACACCCAAAACCUCAGCUGCUGCAGUUUUGUCUGAAAUUGGAAAACAAGAUGGUGCACGGCUUACUGAGGAAAGGACACGAGGAGCCACGUACAGCUCCCUAAACUCCACUUGUAAUGAUGCUAAGAAGUUGUCUGUUCUGAGUCGCUACCCUCCAGCAGCUAAUGACAAGAAGUCACAGAAGAUUGUGAACAAACAGACUGAUGGGGACCUGAAAAACAGCAGGGACAAGUUUUCAAAGCUCUACGUUGGUAGUGAUAGCGAAUCAAACUACUCUGAUGCAGUGCCAGAAAGCUCCAGUGUCUCCGCGCUGGAGAAGGAGGUGGCUUCCGUCUCGGAUCAGGAGUCUGUAGACCUGGUUCAAGAAUCCGUGUCCGCGUCUGUGGCAUCCACCUCAUCCAGAGCCAACGGAUCGUACGCGGCUUACAGGUCUCGCAUCUCUCCGCUGCUCGUCAACGAUCAGGGCUCAGACAGUCAUUCCUCUGCUUCGGAAACCGAAUCUAUCAGCUCAAGGCCAUCUGAAGUGGAACCCGUCACAGAGACAAGUGCAACUAUUAGCAGUAGGACUGCAACCCCCAGGUAUGCCAGAUACCCACAUGUCCAUGACUCUCAUUCAGAGGGCUCUUCUUCCAGGAGCUCAUUUGACGAAGAGCUGCACAGUAGGACUCAGUCCUCGGACGGUGGCCAACAGGGAUUCGUGCACAUUCCGUCAGCGAUGGAAAUCCAGAGAGUGUGCAGCCCUCGGGAAGCGCUGAGGUCCAAUGCCAUCAUCAAGCCCGCCAUUGUUGAGAUUGACAGGAAGGAAUUGAUGAUUUCUGAGUCCUUGUCUACAAACGGCAAACCCAGUAUCUCCACCAAGCCAGCAGUGACCACCACCAGUAAAAUGACCAGUAGCAUAACCAUUUACCCAAACGACCCUGGGUCUUCCAGAACAAGCAGCCGCAGCAGCAGCUUGUCCAGCGAACCUUUGCCUGUUAAAGAACGCCACACGUCUACCAGUAACAUCCUUAUAGGCCCCAGCAAUGACCACCAUGGCAGCGUUUCCAUCCCAUACGAGAUCUCCAUACCCAAGAGUGAAAUCACUUUGCGGUCGUGCCAGGACCAGGAUUACGAUGCGGAGAGCCACAGCGAUGUCUCAUCACGGUCCAGACUCCACAACUCUUCCAGGGUGGAGACCACCACAGCCAGCCACAUGUGCUGCCAGCGCAGCAGCUACAGCUUCCAGUCCGCGGACCCCACAUCCUUGGACUUCAACGACCCAGAAUCGGAUUUCGAGAGCGGCAGCAGCACAACCACGGUCACCAGCUGGAGAAGCCAAAGACAGAGCCAGAACUCCCAGGAAGAUGGCUUACCAGACACGAAGAACGUGACGGUGAGAAGCACGUGGAGGAACAGGGUUGCCAUGUCGGCCAAUGAUGCAGGGCGAGAAAAAGUGGGAACCAGGGUGCUGAUGGAUGGAGGGGCUGAAGAGGAAGCAGAGGCUUCAACUACGUGGAGAGCUUAUCGAGCUACCACCGUUGACACGGAGGAAACCGUAAAUACUGAAGGAAAUGGGAAUGUAAACUCACAGAAGGGAACCAAGCCGUCACCUGCAGAGAUGUACAUGCGGAGGAUCAAUGGUGGUGUCACCAACACUAAAGAGACAGAGGAGCCGGUGUUUCGCCGAGGCAGAAGGUCUCAGUCUCCCCCGAUGGAAACAGGAAGAGCCGUGCCCCACGCACCGGUUACCUCUCAGUCCUGGAACCGAUCGUACUCGGGACAAACACAAGCUAAAGAUAACCUCCAUCCCAGUUCAAAUCCGAGCCUCAGCCCAGCUUCUUGGAGACGACACUCACCCAGCAGCGAGUCGCAGCACGCGGGGAGCUCCUACGACCGCUCGGCUAAGACAUCAGGAGCCUCCUCCAGAGGAGGCGAGCUGUGGUCCAGUCGAAGCCAAGCGUCGGGACUUCGAAGCGGAGCAGGAAGCAGAUCGUGGAGCAACCGUCAGUCUGAUCAUCAUUAGAUAAGAAGACUUAUGCAUUGAGAAAGCAGCAGCACGAGUCGGCCCAAACACCAGUCUCCCAUCAACUAUUGGCUGCAUUAUCAAACCUCCAUCUCCAACAGCUACAAACCUCAAAAGUUGUGAUCGUCGAGGACCAGAAACGGCAGACCUGACCCAAAGCCCCUGUUUUCUCUUCUGCUUCACGUUGGAUGUAUCAUAUGUAACUCUGAAACCUGACAAGGGAGAAGCUGGAGUGCUGGGGAGGGAGGAGGACUUCUCCAGCGUGCCAGAGAGGUUUUAAGGCCUGUUCGUGGGAGGAGGACUCGUGUGGGUUAGAAUCAUCGAGUCAUCACUGAAAGAGACCAUCUGUAGUGGGCCGCAGUGUCACGGCGAACCAAAAAAUCCUAAAUGUGACCAAAAACAGGAAGCGAAUUACCCUCAUUUUGCUUUUUUUUUCUUCCACAAACGCAAGCAUGCAUGUUGAUUUUAGCCGUGAGGUCAUUUUUAACCCGUAUUGGAUUUCAUCAGGCUGAACAUUUGCAUGUUUUCAAGUAAAAAAUGGAAACGCCUUGAAAGGAAUUCACUCAGCAUGUUUAAAAGAGCAUCUCUGACAAAAUGGGACCUUCAUUUUGUUCUUUUGAUUCGUUGUAAUUCGCUUCCUGUUCUGCGUCGCCCUUUCCCUCUCCUGAUCAGCCAUGUCCAGUGGACAAAAAUGCAAAUUGCACACUACGAGACGCAACGCACAUGUAGGAGAAGGCUGCUUACGACCUCAAACCAUGAGGCGAUUACUGCGGUGCUUUGUUCCACAGCUGUCAUGGUGGAUUCCACCUCUGGACUACCAGCAAAUCUCACCGGACAGCAUCUCCAUCGCUAUCGUAGAUGCUGUCAUAGGAAAGCGGUCCACCUUGUACGUGACUGGAUUCGCCGUGCGAAUCGUCCCAGAUUCUGUUUUUUGGGGUUUUUUUAUACUGUAAACAAGUUUGAGGCCUAAACCAUCAACUCCGUGUUGGAGAGAUUUCUGCAGCAGUCGGAGCCCCAUAGGACCGAUUCAGCCAUGGGCUGGAUCCAGGAAGGAGCUCCGUGCGCCGCUCGUCUGACCAUCCACCUGUAACAUGUAUCCGUCGCUUGAUUCCACUUUGACACUUUACUCUUUAUGCAAGCAGGAGAUUCGGCUGUCCGGUCCUCUCUGAAGGAACCGGUGACCGGAACGGCCAUCGUGGUUCUGUCACAGGUCAAAGGUCAAAGGUGGUGACUAAUAAGAUUGUUUUUUUGGUGCAAAUCUAAAAUGUAACUCUCCACGAAAGCUUAUUUAGAUCUCAUCCAUGCCUUAAAGAGGUCGAUUUUGCAUCGUUUUCCUCCUGAUUGUAUUUGGUUUUGGUUUCUUCUGCUUUUCCCAUUUGAAGCAUUUUGAUACGGAACAUUGUAAAAGUCUAUUUUCUUCCGAGGGAACGUUUCCUACUAAGAUUCCAGAACGAGGUUCACUGAGAUUUAUUUUUAAAAGUCCUGCUAUUGUGGAUUUGGAGUUGGAGUGGAUUCGUCACGGAGCAGAAACUCUCUUAUUGUCAGUAUUUUUGUUUUUUGUGUGUAUAAAGAGGAAACAACUUCUCCCUUUAAACCAGUCCCAGAUCCCCACCCCCCCAUGAGCUCCUUGUUUUCUCAUUUCCCAAAAGCGAAGCAGUGAUGUUUUAUUGGAGGGCCGGAGGCCCGUCACCAGAUCUUGACAGGCAGCUCCCUGGGUAGCUGGAAGGUCAGGGGUCAGGGCUGCGUCUAAUCUCGUCCUCUUCAGCUUGACUCAGGGUUUCUAAAUACAGGAGCGCUUGGCAGAAGAGUCCACUUUGUGUUUAAUUAAAACACACAAGGGGAUGCACGUGCUCUUCUGGGGAGCAGAGCGGCCUCCUGCAGAUCCUCGAGUUAGAAAAUCCAGUUUGGGAGUUUCAGGAAGAGUCCACCUGUCAGAAAGUGCAGGUUUUACAGCGCUGUGGAGGUUUUCUCCCUCCUGGAUCUCCAGGGGUUCAAAGCGGUGUGGCUUAAAAAAAGAGAUUCGGGGCAAAGUUGAAUCUCCAUCCUUCACCGGUGCCUCCUUACAAGGCCCACAUGCACACUAACCAUACCAGACUGGAGGGCAACUGGGACUUCCAUCAUUACAGCUUCCUACAAAAUUCAUCCAAAUUGGAAUGUGCUGGAAAAUAAGAGAUCAGAAUGGAAAAAAAUGCAUGAAUUCUGGCAAAAAGUAUUAAACACAUCAGUUUUUGUAGUUAUUAUAGGUAUAGUCGGAGGCACGGAUCCAAACGGUGCAGCAAACAGGCGGCUGCGUCGUCUAUAAUCUGCACUUAGCCAGCACUUACGUUAAAACCAGAAACGCCCCGUACCCCUUUUUGAAUCUAAAGUGUCAUUUUGAGGCCAAAUCUAAGGAUUUAGAGACAAUUAAACAAAUAGUUUCUGUAUUAAACAUAUUUUGCAGCAUGGUUCUGUGUUCCGUCUGUUUCUGCCUUCCAACGUUGUGCCAAAGUCAUUCCCAGUAUUCCCAGUUUACAGACGGACCGUUUCUCUCUUUUCCUGUUGGGUUAUUUUGUCUCUAAGAUGCUGAAAUAAAAGGGGAUUUAUUCACUUUGAGGGUUUUAUUUUUUUUUCCUGCGUAAAAAUGUUUUUAUUUGUUGAACAAAAGAUGUCUUAUUUUCAAAUCUAUAUUGGUUAGGUUUUAUUUAAGUCCUGUAAUUUUGUAAAGUGGGCCUUAUUUGCUGGGAUAUAUUGAAUAUUUGUCCUCUUUUGAUUAAAAGAUUGCUGUUUUUUUAAAUUUAAAUUUUUUUUUAUAAUGUAAGGUAAUGUACCGCUACACUCCUGGAGAGUUCUUGUGUUUGCAGAGGGAGAGAGUUCAUUUCCAUGCGAUCGGAUCGAUUUGCCACACGUCCCUUUUUUAAUUAGAUUAUUCUCGUUGAGGGUGGGUGGGUGCAUUCUUCCUCCCAGAAUCGUUGCUGCUCUCUUCUCCCUCAUGCAGUCAGGGUUUGUUCUGUUUGUAAGCGCUGCCAAAGAAAGAAGCUUGCUGCCCCCCCACCCUCUACAAGUGUAAAUAUGUAAAACAAAUAUUCUAAAUGAAAAGAGGAUAUUUUUACUUGGAUCUAGUCUGGCCUCCUCCUCCUGUUCUCCAUUCAUCAUUUGGACUAUCAACCGUUUUAGUAAGGCGCCGUCAGAACACGGAUCGUGUGAUUGACGACGCCGUGUGUCAGUAAAACCAGGUGGACGGAGCGAGGAGGUUAUUUUUUUUUUUUUAAUCUUUUCUCCAACGUGCAUGUUUUAACCCAACUGUGGCUGGCGCUCUCUGCAUGCAGGCCUAUUAAAACUGUACAGCAGACCAUAUAUAUUCCAAUAAAAAUAAAAACCGACCUGUUUGUAA